AUAAUAGGCAACGAAAAAAAUGCUACAUAUACAAGAUAGGAUAUACUGGAGUUUUUGACAUCCUACAGGGAAUUACACACAAUUCUGCCAUAUAUUGGCUUCUACAGAGAGGUGGUAUUGUUUAUCAUCAUCUUAAUUUUGCAGAAAGAGAAGCCAUAAAUCUGAAUGUCAUCAUCCAGGCGCAAUCCAUUUCAUGAUAUAACCAAUGGGCUAAGUCAAGAUACUAAAGAAGUCAAAAGGCGGAGGGAAAGGGAUCGGUAUGCAAAUAAUAAAGAUGAAAUUUUAAAACGUCGACGCCAUUUACGGGAUCUCAAAAAAGAGUCAAUGGACGCUGCGAAUGUUGAAAACAUACCAUCUCAUACACAGGCAAAUGUUGGAAACUCUGGAAUCAUACAAUACAUGCCUUCUCAAGGUAUGCCGAUAGAUGUUCAGCAUAAUGCAUCUCACGUGGGCGGUGACGAUGAUUCCGAUUGGUUCCACAGAAAUGAUGCAUACCAGGUGCAACCAAAACCAGGAGGAACUACACAUAUUCUGAUUGCCCAGUCCAAUAAUGUUGCGACGGGUUCAGUCGUCCAAUUAUCAGGUGAUGAUGAUCUUGUUAGAUGUGAUGAAGGUGCUGGUCAGGGAGAUGCGUCGCCAAGGAAGGUUAAAGUGGUGUGGUGCAGUUGUUUGCGUAGAGCUAUGCGCGGCUGCAUACAUUGA